AUGACUCCGUGGGCGACUUUUGGGUGGCUCGGCCUUGCUUCCCUGGCUCUGGCCGAGUUGAACCCUCCUUAUUAUGCGGAUCUGAGUUGGCAACCCGCGCGGACCUUGUCCAACUGGUCGAACUUGACCGUCGAGACCCGGACCGGAACCUUCAUUGGCAUGUUGAAUGAUACCUAUCCCAAUGUCCGCCAGUUCUUGCGGGUGCCCUAUGCGCAGCCACCGGUUGGCGACCUCCGCUGGCUUCCUCCUCAGAAACUGGCGCACUCGUCGAAAAGAAUUGACUCGACUCGAUUUGGCCCGGCAUGUCCGCAGUAUGUUGCUGCGGGCGAGUCCAUGUGGGCUCAAUAUGAGCCGCCGAAUCUCCUACUGAGUAUCGGCGAAUCCGACAACCAGGGCUCCGUCGCGUGGUCAUCCUCGGAAGACUGCCUAUCACUGGCCAUCUGGACCCCGGCCUAUGCCAACGAAACCUCCCAGUUACCCGUCGCGCUCUUCGUCACGGGAGGAGGAGGGACCACAGGGGGCAUCGCGAUCCCCUCCCAGCUGCCUUCGAACUGGGUUGCCAACUCGCAGGAGCAUAUUGUGGUGACCAUUAACUACCGGGCAAAUAUUUUCGGCAAUCCCAAGUCUAAAGCUUUGAAGGAGACAUCCUUGACUCUGAUGGAUGUGCGCGCGGCGGUGGAGUGGGUGUCGGAGAAUAUUCGGGCAUUCGGGGGAGAUCCAGAGAACAUUAUGCUGUGGGGCCAAUCCCAGGGCGCUGCCCUGACACACCUCUACACCCUCGCCUACCCGGAUGAUCCUCUCGCGGUCCGCUUCGGCGUGAUCUCUGCGCCCCCGUCGGUGACCAUCAACACCACUGAGACGGAGGACGUCUAUGAGGACUUCCACAUCGUUGCCAAGGGUCUGGGAUGCAACUACGGAGACGACGCCGAGGCGGAGCUGGAGUGCAUGCGCCAGGUGUCCUGGGUUCAGAUCGAGGAGUAUAUCAACCGCUACAACGGCACCCCGUCCAUCGCGUUCACGAACUAUAUCCCCGACGAGAAGUACAUCUUCGCCAAUGAAACCGAGCGCUACCGACUGGGUCGAGUGGCUCCCGGGCCGGCGAUCCGCUCCAACGCCGCCCGCGAAGAUCCCAUCACCCCCGGUAAUGACACCGCCACCAUGGAGACGACCGGCGAAUGGCUCUGCGCGUCGUACAAGGAUGCGCUCUUGCGGGCCUCACUGGGCCUCGAGACGUACCGGUACGAGUGGGCGGGCAAUUUCACCAACAUCAGCCCCGUUCCCUGGCUGGGCGCGUUCCAUUGGUCCGAUCUAUUGAUGAUCUUUGGUACGUACAUGCUGGAUGUCGGGGAGAUCUCGGAGCUAGAGGUCACGACCUCGCGGACGAUGCAGGAUUAUUUGCUGGCGUUUCUCAAGGACCCUGCCACAGUCAGCACGGCGGUGGGUUGGCCAGCGUUCAAUGCCAGUGCCCCAUCUGGAGGGUUGAUUCUGGAGUUUGGGAACACGACGGCCGUGCGAAACGUCACGGGCGAUUUCCUGGAGGCCGGUUGCUGGGACUCCAGCGCUCCGUUCCGCAUCUUCGGACGCGAUGAGAGAGUUCCGCUGGAGUGGAGGGGAUAGAUCUGG